GCCUGUUGCAGUGCGGGGGGCGCCGGGCCGGGGGCGCCGGGAGCCCUGCGGGGGUGCCGCGCGGCCCGGCUCCCAGUGCAGAGCAGUUUUCUCCAACUCUCCGCCUCCGUCUCCCCCGGGCCCACCGCUGCCGGGAGACCCCGUCCGGACCUGCCAAGAAAGGAGUGUCAUGAAAAAGGAACAGAAAAGACACGUCACUGUUGGUGAAAGGGGAGUUUUCUUUCCCAGUUGGUGGUUACUUCAUGAUUGGAGGAGAAGUACCUAGGUGGCCGAAGAGAUUAGAUUUUCAUAGCUGUACCGAUGAAGCUGAUAAAAGAAGAUGGGAAAAUGCUUUCUCUGGGUCAUAAUAGGCUGAUGAGUAAGUAAGCCUGAAAAAAGACAGAUCUGAAAUGAGGACAGGAAUCUUGAGUGUUUUAAAACCAAGUAGGACGUUGAAUACUUGUUGAGGAUGUUUUUUUCCCCAGAAAUGGAGGAAGAAAAAAUUCUCAAAGCAAAAAGUGUAAAAAGCUGAGAGGAGUAACCAGCCGGUCAGCUCCAAGAAUUGCAGUACUUUGUCAGCUUCUCUGAGCACACACAGGCAAAGGCAUCAGACAUGUAUGAUUAUCUUACCACUGGUGAUGGUUUCCUGCUCCAGGAAUGACUUCUUAACGUGGAUUUUGGAGUGCUUUUUCUUUUUCUUUUUUUUACAAUGUGUGUUUUUUGACUCUUUGUGUUAGGUAGAUUUAUGUCAAGAAAGUAAAUUGUGAAUUCAUGGUAUUUUUGACUAUCUCCAGCCCUGUUCGCUGUGUGAUAUUGGAAAAUUAGAGGUUUUAACACUCCUUGAAGUUUUAUUGGAAGCAACAGUGCAUCAGGCAAACAGAUCCACACUGUAAGUUUUCUCUUUUUGGCAACUGUACUUGCUUUGAAUGAGCCGAAUGUCAGCUGGAUUUCACAGCAUAUCCGAUUUACAGUCUGUGUUUUAUCAAGGCCUUAAAUGUAUGUUUUAUACUCAGCAGAUGGGAAACACAUUGAGCACUGUGUCUGACAUGUAUGCCUAAGGAAAGGAGCUCCCUGAUGGAUCAUGGCGUUAAUGUUUACAGGACAUUUCCUAUUUUUACUGUUAGUGAUGUUUGCUUUCUCUACUUUUGAAGAAUCUGUGAGCAAUUACUCCGACUGGGCAGUUUUCCCAGAUGACGUAGAUCAGCUUAAGACACAGAAAGUGCAAGAUUUCAGACCCAGCCAAAAGCUGAAGAAAAGUAUGCUUCAUCCGCAUUUAUAUUUUGAUGCUGGAGAGAUCCAAGCAAUGAGGCAAAAGUCUCGCACAAGCCAUGUGCAUCUUUUUAGAGCUAUCAGGAGUGCAGUGACGGUUAUGCUGUCCAACCCGACAUACUACCUACCUCCACCCAAGCACGCUGAUUUUGCUGCCAAGUGGAAUGAAAUUUAUGGUAACAAUCUGCCCCCUUUAGCACUGUACUGUUUGUUAUGCCCGGAGGACAGAGUUGCCUUUGAAUUUGUUUUGGAAUAUAUGGACAGGAUGCUGGGCUACAAAGACUGGCUGGUGGAGAACGCACCCGGGGAUGAAGUUCCAGUCGGCCAUUCCUUAACAGGCUUUGCCACCGCCUUUGACUUUUUAUAUAACGUAUUAGAUGAUCAUCGAAGGCAAAAAUACCUAGAAAAAAUAUGGGUUAUUACUGAGGAAAUGUAUGAGUAUUCCAAGGUCCGCUCAUGGGGCAAACAACUUCUUCAUAACCACCAAGCUACUAAUAUGAUAGCGUUACUCACCGGGGCCUUGGUGACUGGGGCAGAUAAAGGAUCUCAAGUCAAUCUAUGGAAACAGGUGGUAGUAGAUGUGAUGGAAAAGAUGAUGUUUCUUUUGAAUCAUAUUGUCGAUGGUACUUUGGAUGAAGGUGUUGCCUAUGGAAGCUACACGGCUAAGUCAGUCACACAGUAUGUUUUUCUGGCCCAGCGCCAUUUUAAUAUCAACAACUUGGAUAAUAACUGGUUAAAAAUGCACUUUUGGUUCUAUUAUGCCACCCUUUUGCCAGGCUUCCAAAGAACUGUGGGCAUAGCAGAUUCCAAUUAUAAUUGGUUUUAUGGUCCCGAGAGCCAGUUAGUUUUUUUGGAUAAGUUCGUCUUAAAGAACGGAGCUGGAAAUUGGUUAGCUCAGCAAAUCAGAAGGCACCGGCCUAAAGAUGGACCAAUGGUCCCCUCUACUGCCCAGAGGUGGAGUACUCUUCACACUGAAUACAUCUGGUAUGAUCCCCAGCUCACCCCACGGCCUCCUGCGGAAUAUGGUACUGCAAAAAUGCACACGUUCCCUAACUGGGGUGUUGUCACUUAUGGGGCUGGGUUGCCCAAUACACAGACCAAUACCUUUGUGUCUUUUAAAUCUGGGAAGCUAGGAGGGAGAGCUGUCUAUGACAUAGUUCACUUCCAGCCAUACUCCUGGAUUGAUGGGUGGAGAAGCUUUAACCCAGGACAUGAACAUCCGGAUCAGAACUCAUUCACUUUCGCCCCCAACGGGCAGGUAUUUGUUUCCGAAGCUCUCUAUGGACCCAAGUUGAGCCACCUUAACAACGUACUGGUGUUUGCGCCAUCACCCACAAGCCAGUGUAAUAAGCCCUGGGAAGGUCAGCUGGGAGAAUGUGCACAGUGGCUUAAGUGGACUGGCGAAGAGGUUGGUGACGCAGCGGGGGAAAUCAUUACUGCCUCUCAACAUGGGGACAUGGUAUUUGUGAGUGGGGAAGCAGUGUCAGCUUAUUCCUCAGCAAUGAAGCUGAAAAGUGUGUAUCGGGCUUUGCUUCUCUUAAACUCUCAGACUCUGCUAGUUGUUGAUCACGUCGAGAGGCAAGAAGAUUCCCCAAUAAAAUCUGUCAGUGCCUUCUUCCAUAAUCUGGAUAUUGAUUUUAAGUACAUCCCAUAUAGGUUCAUGAACAGGUAUAACGGCGCCAUGAUGGAUGUGUGGGAUGCACAUUACAAAAUGUUUUGGUUUGAUCAUCGUGGCAGUAGCCCCAUUGCUAGUAUACAGGAAGCAGAGCAAGCCGCUGAAUUUAAGAAACGGUGGACUCAAUUUGUUAAUGUUACAUUUCAGAUGGAAUCCACAAUCACAAGAAUCGUAUAUGUCUUUUAUGGGCCAUAUGUCAAUGUUUCCAGCUGCAGAUUUAUUGAUAAUUCCAAUUCUGGACUUCAGAUUUCUCUCAAUGUCAAUAAUACUGAACAUGUUGUUUCCAUUGUAACUGACUACCAUAACUUGAAAACAAGGUUUGAUUACCUGGGAUUUGGCGGCUUUGCCAGUGUGGCUGAUCAGGUCCAAAUAACCCGAUUUGGUUUGGGCACUCAAGCAAUAGUGAAGCCCAUAAGACAUGACAGAGUGAUUUUUCCCUUUGGAUUUAAAUUUAAUGUAGCAGUUGGGUUGAUUUUGUGCAUCAGCUUGGUGAUCUUAACUUUUCAGUGGCGGUUUUACCUUUCUUUUAGAAAGCUAAUGCGGUGGAUCCUCACCCUUGUUAUUGCCUUGUGGUUCGUUGAGCUGGUGGACGUGUGGAGCACUUGCACUCAGCCCAUCUGUGCAAAGUGGGCGAGGCCGGAGGCCGAGGCGAGCGCAAAGCCUGUGCCUCCCCAAGGGCACCGCAUCUAUCUUCCUGACAUCGUCAUUACCUCACUUCCCGGCUCAGGAGCUGAAAUUCUCAAACAGCUCUUCUUCAACAGCAGUGACUUUCUCUACAUCAGGGUGCCCACAGCCUACAUGGACAUCCCUGAAACUGACUUCGAGAUGGACUCCUUUGUGGACGCCUGUGAGUGGAAGGCGUCCGAUGUCCAUGGUGUGCAUUUCCGUUUACUGCGAGGCUGGCUGCAGUCCUUGGUCCAAGACACAAAACUCCAUUUGCAAAACAUCCAUCUGCACGAACCCAGCAGGGGUAAACUGGCCCAAUAUUUGACCACGAAUAAGGACAAAAACAGGAAGUUGAAACGGAGAGAGUCUUUGCCAGAACAAAGAAGCAGAAUGAAAGGCGCCUUUGACAGAGACGCUGAGUACAUUCGGGCUCUGAGGAGACACCUGGUCCAUUACCCCAGCGCGCGGCCCGUGCUCAGCCUGACCAGUGGGAGCUGGACCUUAAAGCUGCAUUUCUUUCACGAAGUUUUAGGAGCUUCGAUGAGGGCCUUGUACGUGGUGAGGGACCCUCGGGCGUGGAUUUAUUCGAUGCUGUACAGUAGUAAACCAAGCCUUUACUCUUUGAAGAAUGUACCAGAGCACUUAGCUAAAAUGUUUAAAAUAGAGGGAGGUAAAGGCAAAUGUAACUUAAAUUCGGGCUAUGCUUCUGAGUAUGAAUCAUUGAGGAAAGAAUUAUCAAAAUCCAAGCCACACGCGGUGUCCCUGCUGGCUCACGUGUGGCUAGCAAACACCGCAGCAGCCCUGAGGAUAAACACAGACCUGCUGCCUACCAGCUACCAGAUGAUCAAGUUUGAAGAUAUUGUGCAUUUUCCUCAGAAAACCACUGAAAGGAUUUUUGCCUUUCUCGGAAUUCCUUUGUCUCCUGCUAGUUUAAACCAAAUAUUGUUUGCCACCUCCACGAACCUUUUCUAUCUUCCCUAUGAAGGGGAAAUAUCACCAACUAAUACUAAUGUUUGGAAACAGAACUUGCCUAGAGAUGAAAUUAAACUGAUUGAAAACAUCUGCUGGACACUGAUGGAUCGUCUAGGAUAUCCAAAGUUUAUGGACUAAAUGCUGCAGGUCAGCAGAAAUUUGCACUAAUAAUUUCCAACCCAAUUUGUGGAUAUGAAUUAGAAGAGUUUGUAUAUUCUUGUACUGUGUGUGUGUGUGUGUGUGUGUGUGUGUAUGUGUGUGUGUGUGUGAGUGAUCAGUUUGCUACUUGCACAGAGAGAUUAUUUAAAAAUAAGCACCCUGUUUGGCCUAGCAGGAUUCAUUUUUAUGUCACCACUUUUCCUUGCCUUUGUUUCUGAAUUUUUUCUGCUAAAAUGUUUCUGCUGCAGAGGUGUAGAUGAAGUUAUAUUACAGUGGUCAGGGGAGAUAGGAAGAUUUUAAAGGUUUUUGUCUAACUCUCUCCUUCAUCUGUAACUGUGCUGAUCUAUCUCAGAAUCUCACACACUGCUAAAGGCCUUGCAGUUGCUGCUUUACCCAAGCGUCUGUUGCUUUCAAGAUGGACUGCAAAAGUUCCUUAUCUUUUUCAGAAGGUGUCCUAAUGCGUUUAUCUUGCGCGCGCGCACACACACACACACACAAAUCCUUUUACUGUGUAUAAUGUUCACUGAUAUCACUGGGGAAAUGGAGAAAACUCCUAUCAGAAUUAUAGGAUCCCUUCUGGAAAAUACAGAUGGAAAUACAGAAUGGAUUUUUUUUUUUUGAGGUCAGAAACAAUGACCUGAAAAUCCUCAAAGUUUUUUACUUAGAAGUAAUAAAGAAUCAGUCUUGGGACGGUGGCUGCCAAGGACCGGUACGAUAUUUUAGACCUGCUUGUCUUUUUAAAAUGCUCUCUUUCUUGCUUCCUUGAAGCUGCAGCUGUUCACCAUCACCACUCCCACCCUCUUCUUUCUGUCGCUGUCACGCAAAACAGUCAGUAGUUACUAAUGGCUAAACUCCCGAUAUUUGUGGGAAUUUUUUUUUUUUUCUUCUGUCCUGAUGAUUCAUUUUGCAUCAAAGCCUGACGCAGCCUUAGAAUCAGAUUUCUCCUUGUGGAAUUAUCACUGUAUGACUCAAAGAAAGCAGUGCCACUGCUGCCAGUGUUUUUUUAGACUGGAAACAGAAUUGGAAAACUGCCUGACUUAUCUUGUAUCCCUUUGAAUGAGUGCACAGACUGCCAGUGUUGGCAAAAGUUGAAGGCGAAUGGGAGAUGAUGUCAAAGGCAUCUGUUUCCUUUACCAUCUGCAUCUUAUUAUAGAUAUAGUCGUCAUAAAGUAUGGUUCAUUUUAUCUUGGUAGGCUCUGAAGUCAAAAUGCUAUGCCAUUAGAAGCCAGAGGAGUAAUUACAAUGUAUUGGAUGAAAACUAUUAGGCAGUGUGGAGACUUGAUGAAAAUCUCUGUACAGACUGCAGUCUUCUUCCUAAUGCUUCAUUCAGACUAUCGUUUCCACCCGCCCUUCCCGUCCCCCAUGCUCUAACACUUGGGAGUCUGUCAUUCUGACCUAGAUAAAAGUGGUUCUUUCUCAGUAGUUUGUUAUGAUGUCACAAUAUGCCUCCAGGGUGAUAAAGCUGUGGAUAUGUUACAUUCCAGCUAAAGCUAACUGAGCUGUCAUUUUUCUUCCAUUACAGCGUGAAAGCAGACCGACCACUCCUCCUCCCCCCAUAUCUGCUUCCUCACGUAGCUCUCCCUGCUUUCUCUUUACAGUGUCAAAAUGAAUGAAAAUCCUAUUAAUACAGGUUGAGAGGGCAACUGAAGACCUGAAUCCACACUAUUAUUCUCAAGGAAGAUUAUUCGUCCUAUCUCAGGGUUAUCAACAAGCAUGUAACAUUUCUACAUGGAUGAUCACACUGUUUCCAUUACUGGUCAGAGUCUCGGUGUUUGCUUUCAAUUCCCAGGAUGCGUGACCUUAAAUCAGAUCAAAUAAAAGGCUCUGGGUUGAAAGUAAUAUUAGGUCUGAUCAAGGUAAGAGUUACAAAUGUGUGCAAGUAACAGCAGAGAAGGCAGAAACUGUACCACUGCCUUUCCUUUAACUUUGUACAGAAACAGGCCCACAGGCAGAAGAGAGCCAGGGUGAGUAUGUGGAGGAGUUGGGGGAGAGACAAUGAAAAAGAAAGAGCAGUUCUGUGAAUGGAUAUGGGAACAGUAUGGGAAUAUCUUAUUUAUAGCUAAAGAAAGGAACACACUUAAGAUGAUCUUCACAGUGUAUCUUAACUUUUACAACAUAGCAAGGUCAAGGGGAAUUUCCUUGUCUACUCAUCCACUCCCACCCCAAGGGAAACUUAGCUGGAGGAGAAGACUUCUAUUCACAGGUUCUAUUUCUGAGCAAUGUUUUACAUGGGUGAUGGAUGGCCCAGCCAUUGCAUAUGCGUCCAUUUGUUCAUGCUUGGGAUCCCCUGCUUUAUAAUCUCAAUUAUAAUCUCAGAACGUCUAAGUCCUACAUUCCUAGGGUGUUAUCCUGGGAAGAAAUGUGAAUAGACUCUACACUUAUUUUUAUUCUGACCAUCUUGAAAAUAAUUAAAGCAACGAUUGUCACUAUGUGACACUUCCAAAGGAAACACUUUAGAAAAUGUCUUUUCCAUAAAAUCAAUUCCUUUCCUCAUUAACUUCCCCAAACUUAGGCCCAACUGGAAUUAAAGCUUUUAUUAAAAUAAUAUCAUUUAAAUGUUGAAAUUUUGAAAGAAUGUGUCCAUUUUGCUGACAGAAGUAACAUAAAUGUAGUGGUAAUGUUGAUCUAGUUUUCAAAAGUUUGAAAUAAUGCAAAUUACUCACUUAGGAUGAAGUAGGCCAUAUCCAGAGGUGAAUUUACUGUAAUGACAAUUCCAGAAAGGAAGGAAAUGGGAGAAUCUGUUCAGGAGAAAGAAGAUAAAUCAAUGAUUAUACUUAAAUUUAAUCUUUAGAAACCCAGAAAGGCACGAGUUUUAGGCAGAUGGCACAACAACUCAUACAUACUCAGCCUAAACCCGCAAUAUUAGACAUUUGAUUGGCUUUUUGGACAAACAGAAGACUUAGUACUGUAAGUUGCCUGGCAAGAAUGGGAUAAUUAUUUAUGUCCAGUACCCAGCCAUGGCAUGGGAUCUGGCACAAAUAUCUUCAUAUUCGAAGAAGAACCUCUCUCCACACACACUAGUUAUGUUUAAUUUUUUUUUCCUUUUGUGGAAACGCCACCCCUUCUGUCUGCCACUGACUUUUGAUUGGUGUCAUUUAUCAGCAGAGUUUGGUGCAUCAUAGAUCCUAGAUGUUCUUGAUAUAAAGUCUAUCACAUUCAGUUAUCUAUAAGUAAACAUUAACAGUGGUUUUAGAAUCUGUGUGAUUGACUUAACUCUGAUCAUAAUUACAAAAAUAUCACUAAUUUAGCGAAAAAUGUGAAUAGAAGGCAGUAUGUUAUAACACCACUUACAGAGGUAAGGGAGCCUAAUAUUCUAAGACAGAUCAAGGAAUUUAAUAUGCAGGCUACCUACUGCUUAUUUAAAUGUAAACCAAAGUAUGUCAAAAUAGCUGCUAAGGCAGUGUUUUCAGUACUUGACUAAUAUCUCUAUUUUCCUUCAUGUUGGCAGAAAAAUCCAAAUAAUAUUUUAAGAACUAGACUGAAUUUUUUUUUUUUUUUUUGCACAAAGGAUGGUAGGAACAUUAAACAGUAGAUUCUCACAUUCUCUACUUAACUUGUAGCUGCUUGAGCUAUAAUUUACAUGAGCUUGUGUUUAGUCCAAGUAACAUGUUUAAUUCUAUUUCCAAAGAUAGGUUCGGCUAAGCCUUCCACACCAUGGGGGUUUUGUUUUUGUUUUUCGUUUUUCUUUCACACCUAUCCAGUUAUGCAGCAAAGAAAACCUGUACUGAAGAUCAUAGACCAGUUUAUUCGAGCUAUAUGUAUAACACAACUCCUCUAUUAAUAAACAAAUAAAAAGCUAAAAGCAACUUGGCUAUGGUUGGGAUAAUUUGUAAUAGCCCUUUUCUUUAGGACUUUGGGUAACUCUGUUAGGAUUUUGCAUGGAGCUGAGUUGGAAAAUGCAGUCCCACAAUUUCAGCCACUAGCACCCUUCAGUGAUGGGUGAGCCGUGCCUCUACUCCCUUAUCUUAAUUCCAAGUCCUGUCUGUGACUUGCUCUCAGUCCAUUUCACUCUUCUAUGUACAUCAUCCCAACUUAUUAAGUGGCAAGAACAUCCCGUACUAUGCACCUGUGCUCCGCAUCUGCCCCUCCUGCCACUGGUGGGAUAUCUAUUCAAGCAGGAGAUCUCUAAAAGGAAGGUCCCUGCAGGUCCCUUGAGAUAUUCUAGUAGGUGGUGCACAGGGUUGGCAGAGUGAAGACUUUUUUUGUAAGAAAGAUAAGGAUCUAUCAUGAAUUAGUCUCUUAGUAUGUGCUGCACAGAACCGUAAGGUUUUCAUGUAUAUCAUUACAAUCUCCACAAUAACUCACUGGUAUUCAUUUUACAGAUUAAUCUGAAGCCCAUAUUCUCCCUCUAGGGAGUAUGUUUUUGUGAAGGAAUUUGGAGCAGGUUUGCAAUUCCUUUAUCAAUUCACUUAUUCACAGUAAUUUUGGGGUAUCUGCUGUCAAGAUAUUGAUUAGCAUGAGGG